CAAGGCCGGGUAUUGACGCGUGUAGAAGUCCGAAUGUACCAGCUCCUCCUCGUGGAUCGAUCUGCCAUGGCGGCUCCAUAUACCCGAAGGUUAAAAGGGAAAGCCACGGCUGGGCGGCUUCUAGAGGACGACCAGGAUGAGCCUUUUCCUAUUUAAUUUUUCCUUUCUUACACGUUGAUGUUCUCUUUGCCUGCAAUCUCUAUUCGUCCCUUUCAUCUGCCAACGCUUCUUAGACGAGAUUGUUACUUAGAAGUGAUGUUCUAAAAGUGUCUGAGCUGGCUUUUUACUUCAGCAGACUGAUUGUAUGGAGGCUAAUAUGCAUUGAAGUUGAUGAUCUAAAAGUGCUGGAGCUGGAAAACUUUAGAGAGGGAACCAAGAAAUGUUGUGUGGUGUUGUACAUGAAAACCCAUCAAUGUCUUCUAGAUUUGCGCACGAUGUAUUGUCAGAGGCUGGUGCUUUCGUCCGUGCACCUUCAAGUUUUCGUAAUUUUAUUUCAAAAAAUCAAGCUUCUCAAUUCCCUGCAGAAUCAGGAAGAUACCAUCUAUAUAUAUCUUAUGCAUGCCCUUGGGCUUCUAGAUGUCUGUCAUUUUUAAAACUCAAAGGACUAGAUAAGGCAAUCAGUUACACGGCAGUGAAAUCAAUAUUGGAAAGGACCAAAGAGACUGAUGAGCAUUUUGGGUGGGUCUUUCCUGCUUCUAGCACAGAAGAAGCUGGGGCUGAACCUGAUCAUUUGAAUGGUGCCAGGAGUAUCAGGGAACUUUAUGAGCUUGCAAACCCGAAUUAUUCAGGAAGAUAUACUGUUCCUGUUCUUUGGGAUAAAAAACUCAAAACAAUUGUAAAUAAUGAAAGUUCAGAAAUAAUACGAAUGUUCAACACAGAGUUCAAUGAUAUAGCUGAAAAUGCUGACUUAAACUUAUAUCCCUCUCACCUACAAGCAGCCAUUGAUGAGGUCAAUGAAUUGGUUUAUAACACCAUUAACAAUGGUGUUUAUAAGUGUGGGUUUGCUACAAAACAAGGUCCUUAUGACGAGGCUGUAGUGAAGUUAUAUAAUGCCUUGGACAAAUGUGAGGAGAUACUGAGCAGGCAACGCUAUAUUUGUGGGAAUGAAUUGACGGAAGCUGAUAUUCGACUUUUUGUAACUCUGAUAAGGUUUGAUGAGGUUUAUUCUGUACAUUUCAAAUGCAACAAGAAACUCCUACGUGAAUAUCCAAAUCUAUUCAAUUACACAAAAGACAUAUACCAAAUUCCCGGCAUCAGCGGCACCGUUAACAUGGAACACAUAAAGAAGCACUAUUAUGGAAGCCAUCCUAAUAUUAAUCCUCAUGGUAUCAUUCCAAUUGGUUCCAACAUAGAUUACUCUGCUUCUCAUGACAGAGAUAGGUUCAGUAAUUAACAUUGUUUCUGCUUACCAUCGUUUGUAUUAAUUAGUCUUGUCAAAAGGAGAGAUAAGGUCCUUGAUAUAUGCUGCACUCUAUGUUUGAUUCUGACUCGUUUAUAUUAUUUAAUGUUUGCUGUGACA